CAAUUCAUCAAAAUCAAGAAGUAUGGCCAAGUUGUUGAUAUUUACUACUGCUGAUGAUGAAGAGACUAGAAGAAACAAUCGUGAAGAAGUGGUUAAGAAAAUUAUAAGAGAUACAAUGGUGGUUGUGAAUGCAUCGAUUCGUAAAAUACAUAUGAAACUUGAUGAAGAUGUUAGAGACGAAUGGAAUAUGGAGGACAGAAUGAAUGCAUACACAGCUGUUUACAACGUUUUCUGUACGAAAGACAUACAUGGUUUUUGGCAUUAUGUAAUUCGUGAGUUUUAUGAUAAAUAUGAGAGCAUUUUGACACAAAGGAUUUCAAACUAUGUGAUUCCUUCAUUGGAAGAUAUGUACGGCGAAGAGUUCAUGAUUGAAAUUGUGAUACAAUGGACAGAGCUAGAACAAUACAAAAGAUAUCUUCAGAUAAUAUUUGCUCGUGUGGAGAAAGUUGCAGCGCAUUUACAUCUAGAAAAUCAUUCAUUGAUUGAUAUUUGUAAAACCCAAUUCUGUGACAGGGUCUGGGAUAGGUUCCACACUGAAAUCGACUUUUCGGUAACUAAGAUGAAGGAGGCAGGGGUGUUUAGCAAUGAAAAUCCAUUGAAGAAUGACCUGAUUCAAUUCUUCACUGACAUGGAGAAAGUACGUCCCAAUGAACGAUUUCAGACGACUUAUGAUAUUGUCAAACAGCAGUAGAAUUUCGAUCGUGCCCAAAAUUAUUGAAGAUUUCAUUGGAUUUUAUAUAUGAUUAUGAUAAUUUUAUAAUGAUGAUGAUUUUAUAAUGCUAUAGCACGUGCCUUGUACGUGCACAUAACAAGGCACCAAAU